AUGCUCUCCAGCGUUGCCGGCCCGUCCAGGCUGCACCUCGCAGGCACGAUGAGACGUAGAGUACCCAUGAUGGUCUCGCCUGUCCAUCAAGAGAUGCGGAGGAUAAACCGUGAGUACAGCUUGACCUUGUACAACCAGGACUAUAAAUCCCGCAAGCUCAGCACAACCGUUCUGAACGCUGCGUCUAGCGCCUACCGAUCUGCCCCUAUCCCUCUCCUUCCCCUCUCUCUCUCCCGCCAAAUACAGGUCCGAUCCAUCUCCACCGAACAACACUCCUCCACCACACCCCCGCCGCCCGUGCUCAAAUCCGACCUUCCAAAAUCAGGCGAGAUGGCUGUCUCCUCCAUUCCCGUUGGUCACCCUCCACCCGCCCCGCCCGCCAAGUUGAGCACGAUCCCGCCAAAAGUGGUGGAUCUAGCACAGGAAAAGGAGGUGGUGAAGAAGGAUGAAAAGCCAAAGGGGACAAUGCUGCAGCGGGGAUGGGCGACGGCAAAGAAGGAGGCGGCGCACUACUGGGCAGGGACAAAGCUGCUGGGGUCCGAGAUCAAGAUCAGUUCCAAGCUGGCAUGGAAGGUCUUGAACGGGAGCACCUUGACGAGGCGAGAGCGGAGACAGUUGAAGCGCACUACGACCGAUCUUAUCCGCCUCAUCCCAUUCUCGGUAUUCAUCCUGGUCCCUUUCAUGGAAUUCCUCCUUCCCAUUGCGCUUAGACUGUUCCCUAAUAUGCUUCCGAGCACAUUCGAGGGGGAGUUUGCAGCUGCCGAGAAACAGCGCAAGCUGCUUCGUACCCGUAUCGAAAUGGCCAAGUUCUUACAAGAGACAGUCAGAGAAUCAGGCAUGAAGGCGGAGAGUGUCGUCAAGAGCGACGAGUUCAAGCAGUUCUUCCGCAAGGUCCGGUCGACUGGAGAAAGACCGUCCCAGACCGACGUCGUUCGUGUCGCUAAGCUCUUCCAUGACGACCUCACGCUCGACAACUUAUCGCGACCCCAGCUCGUCUCGAUGUGCCGAUACAUCAACAUCAACGCCUUUGGCACAGACAACUUCCUGAAGCACCAGAUCCGGAGCAGAUUGGAGCGAUUGCGUAUCGACGAUAUGAUGAUCAACUCGGAAGGCGCAGACAGUCUGAGCACCAAGGAGCUGCAGCAAGCAUGCCAGUCUCGCGGUAUCCGGUUCCAGGGUGUCUCUCCCGGUCGGCUCAGGGAGGAGCUGGACCAGUGGAUCGAGCUUCAUUAUACCAACGGUAUCUCCGGCGUGCUUCUCAUUCUCAGCCGAGCCUUCAACUUUGAGCAAAAGGGCGAUGACAUCAUGAGCAGCUUGAUCACCACCCUCAGCAGUCUCCCGGAGAACCUGAUCAACGAAGCCGAGCUUGGUGUCUCGGAGGAAGCCUCCUACAAGCAAAAGCUCGAAGUCUUGCAGCAACAGCAAGAGCUCAUCGAGGACGAAGCCGAGCAGGAGCAGGAAGAGCAGGAGGCGCGCAAGGCCGAUAUCGAAGCCAAGAAGGCCGAGGAGGCGCGCAAGAAGGAGGCGGAGGAGGCUGAGAAGGCGGCCAAGGCGGCGUCGGAGCCGGCACCGUCAGAAGAGGAGGUGGCCAAGGCCAAGUCGGAGGAGAAGGUCAAGGAAGAGGCGGAUGCGCGGAUGAGCAAGGAGCAGCUGGGCGAGCUCGCCGAGGCGCUCAACAUUUUGACGGCCAAGAACAGUAUCGUCAAGGAGAGGGAUGAGCUGAGGACUAUCUUGGAAGACAACUUGUUGUCCGAAGCUGAAUCCAAGGAGAGACUUGACGAGGCCGACCAGAAGAUCAUCGGUAUCUCGAAGCGCGUCCGGUCCAUGAUCAAGAAGAUCGACGCCCAGCUCGAGACCUACGACGAGAAGGUCGGAUCAAGUCUGAACGUCAUCGAAAGCAAUGAGAAGGGUCAGAUCACCCUGGCGGACUUGCAGCGGGCGAUGAGGGUCAUCAAGCACGCGCCACCAGAGGAGGUGAUUGAGGGACUUGGGAAGAAGCUGGAUGUGGACCAGGACGGCUUUGUCGAACUUGAACACGUUAUCGAGCUCGCCAAGGAUGAGGGACUCGGUAUUGUUCUCGAGGAGGAAGCAGCCAAGGAUAUUUUGGACCGAGGAGCCAACAUCAAGAAUGAAAAGGCGGACUUGAAGGACAAGAAGCCCAAAAAGGAGGACAUUAUCUCGGAUCACUAG